CACACACAAACAAACCAGCAAACACAAACACAACAAACACUCUUACAACACACUCUCACAACAUCCUUUUAUUAAAUCAAUCAUCAACCAAUCAUCCAAAAUGGCCUUCUUCCAGCGCAACUUUUACACUCCCGAGACCUCCUUCACUCCUCUCUUCCGUCUUCUAGAGGACUUUGACACCUACUCCCGCCAAGGCAACGACAACCAGCGUUCCAGCCGCCGCGCUAUCGCUCAUUGGCAGCCCAAGUUUGACGUCCGCGAAACGGGCGAGGCUUAUGAGCUACAUGGCGAGCUCCCUGGAAUGAACAAGCAGGAUGUCCACAUCGAGUUUACCGACCCUCAAUCGAUCGUCAUUCGCGGCAAGGUUGAGCGCACCUACACGGCUGGCACCCCGCCUGCUGGCGCUCUUGAAGAUGCCUCUAUGAGCGGUGCUAUCACCGAGUCUGGCGAGCAUGAGCGUCCCAAGUCUCCUCAUCAGGCUACUGUUGAGGACGAGGCCGACGAAGGAACCACCGCUGCCACUACCGAGGGCGAAGUGGUCAAGGCUGAUUCGCCUAAGAAACAACCUGCCGACUCUGCCAAGUAUUGGCUCACCGAGCGCAGUAUCGGUGAAUUCUCCCGCUCUUUCAACUUUCCCUCUCGUGUCAACCAGGAUGGUGUGACGGCCAGCUUUAAAGACGGCAUCCUCAACGUUGUCGUUCCCAAGGCGGCCAAGCACGAGCCUCGCCGAAUCACCGUGUUCUAAAGCACUACGUCUAAAGCACUACGAGAACAAUAUUUGUCAUUAUAUCUUGUUAGUUUUCAAUUCUCGUCGACCCGCAUGAUACAAAAAUACGCAUUUCGGAGGAGAAAAACAAUGCAUGGAAAGGCGUUUUGAAUUUUGAGUUACCAACGUUGAAGAUCGAUCUCUUAAAAAAAAAGGAACCAGCAAUUAGGAGAGUCCGAGUUACAUGAAUGCUAUAGUUUAAUUACCCUCAUUUUAGCUAUAAUAAAUAUUAAGUCAUUCAUUCAAACUG